GUCAAUAAAGUUUCCAACACUGUUUAUGACGUGCGCAUGCGCUUUAGCUCAGUACUGCAGAGAGGAGUCCCGCAGCUGUUGCGGGGCGGACUGCAGGAAUAACUUGAAGUAAUGGCUCCAGAGCGAUGAAGGACGCUGUAUAGCCGUUGAGGACAUAAGUCACUCGGGUCGCUUGUCGCCAUGGCCUCGUUAACUGUCAGCUCGGCGGCGCGGAGCAUCGAGAAGCAUCGGAAGUCCUUCUCGCUGCUCUUCUACCGGGCUGUGCGGGACCUGAAGCCGGUCUGGAUGCUGGAGGACAUGCGGACGAUGGAGACUUUUUAUCAGGAGGAGGACGCCAGCCAGAGGACGUUCACUCCAUCGGAGGCGUUGCUCUACGCUAUAGUGCACGACCAUCAGGCGUACGCCCAGUAUCUGCUCAGCCGGUACACCGACGAAGCGCUAGCAAAGCCCGGGGAGCGCUUCUGCUGCUGCCCGUCCUCUGCGCCGCACUUGGCCAUGGCUGUCCGCUAUGACAGGCGCUACAUUCUCGGCCUCAUCUUACAGGCGGCUCACCGGAUACCCAGCACGCCCUCCUACACCGACCGAGCCGGUUGUUUUCACAUGGAGGACGGCAAAACCCCUCUACACCUGGCCUGCGAGCUGCUGCGGCCCGAGGCGGUCGUCAUGCUGCUGGGGAACGGAGCGUCUCCGCACGCCAAGGACCACAACGGUCUGACCCCGCUGGAUGUCAUCCUGGAGAAACUCAGGGACUCCAACGGGGUGAGCGGCGGGGAGAGGAGGCAGUGUCUGGACAACCUGCUCAUGUUCAUGCCAGAGGUUCACUUCAAAAUGAAGGGAGCUCUGGGUAAAGAGCCGGAGCGCUGGAACAAGGUGCUGGGCGAAGACACGUCCCAGUACCUAGCGGGGAGGAGGCCGGCGCCGCUGGUCCUCUCCGCCAUGCAGACUAUUCUAAAGCAGCUGAGCCCGGCGACCUUCCCGGAUAGCCUGCAUGAGCUGCCCAUCCCCUCCUCCCUCAAACCGCCGGGUCUGCCUGUGAGCCAGCGGGACAGGCAGAGGGUGGUGUAGCAUCAGCAUGACAUGCUGCAUGCACUGUAUGAAAACUGUCAUAUUUUAGCAUGAUGUGGUGUGCAAGUGUGUGUGCGUGUUUGAAGAGCCUGUAUGGCUAUAAAGCGGUAACACUUCAUUAUAGGGCUGCACAAAUAAACACUAACAGUCAGGGAUCAAAUUAAUGAAUCUUAUCUAAUGGUGUGACUUUAAUCACACUGUUAGUCACUGAUGUAAUGGACUGGGAGCUGGAGGUUGAUGGGCCUGUCGAGACAGUUUGCAGAGCAGCCAGCAGUGGGGGGACUUGGGAAUAAACAGCCAUAUCCUUUAAUUUUAUACACUAAUUCAGGCUUUAAGGAUCAGUUUAUUUGUCUAACCUUGUUCUAAAGUGUUACUAAUAAUGCUGUUUAAGCCACUGCAUCAUAUCUGAGAAGAAGACCUGAUGAGUCUACAUGAGCUGUGUUACUGAUUUUAAUUUAUUUGGGUUGUAUUUAACGGUAAUGUUACAGAAAGUGAUCUUAUAGAUCAUUUGAAAACAGUCAGGUGACUUGAAAACUCUUUGGAUGACUGAUUUAUUUAUAAAUAAAUAGGAAUCCAAGUGAUGAUCUCA